AUCCAUCCAUCCACCCGGAACUCAUCAUCCACAACCUGCAGAGAUGCCUCACUCCUCGUCCACCCUGCUGUGCGUCCUGGGACUCCUCACUCUCUCAUCCGCCUGCUACAUCCAGAACUGUCCCAGAGGAGGCAAAAGAGCGCUCCCGGAGACUGGCAUCAGACAGUGCAUGUCUUGCGGCCCCGGAGACAGGGGCCGCUGCUUCGGCCCCAGUAUCUGCUGCGGUGAGGGCCUCGGCUGCCUGCUGGGCGCCCCAGAAACAGCUCAUUGCGUGGAGGAGAACUACCUGCUCACGCCCUGCCAGGCUGGAGGGAGACCCUGUGGAUCUGAGGGAGGACGCUGCGCUGCUUUAGGACUCUGCUGUAACUCAGAGAGCUGUGCGGUGGACCCUGACUGCCUGGGGGACACCGAGGCCUCAGAUCCGGCCCAUGGCUCUGCAGGGAGCUCGCCCGCAGAGCUGCUGCUGCGCCUGCUGCAUGUGGCCACCAGAGGACAGACUGAGUACUGACACCGCUGUCUGUGGAGGCUCCUCUGCCUCUCAGGGCCAGGAGGGACAACAGAAUGAAGAUCCCUGUCCCACUACAAUCCUGAGAUUUGAACCUUGAACCAUUAAUAUGCCAAGUCAAACUUUGUUUUCUCUUAACCCUGUAUCUGUAAAGACGUUCUCAGCAAGAGAACUGUCUUUAACUUUAGUAAUUGGCUAUUUUCAUCCAAUUCCUGGGGUGAGAGGAAUCAUGAUAUUGGCUAUGUGAAGUAGAUUUCAUGUUUGUUCCAACCAUAUAAAAUGUAUAUACUAAUGCACAUACUGUAAACAGAAUUGUAUUCUAUAUGAGAGGACAUAACACACCUCAGAGCUCCAUUUCAAAUAAGUGAAUUAUAGCCGAAAACACUGUAAAUAAGUCAGAGAUUACAGACAUCCAUGUAAAACAGCUGAAUGACGAUGCUUAAGCAGUUACUUCUUGUGUUGCAAACAUAUUAUUGUAUAUUGAAAAUAUGAGAAACAAUACAGAAUCACCACCAAAAAAACCUUCUGCUGUCUGUUUGUGUGUCCCACGCUCAAAAUAAUUACACUUUUAACCGA